AUGGGCUGGUUGCCCUCCAUAUUUGGCUCCGAAAAGACUGCCGACCCUCUGGCCAAGCUCGAUCCGAAGCUUCGCGAAUUCCUCGAGAAAGAAUCCCCCGUUCAAUACGCGCCGAGCGCACAACCUCCCUCGCCUCCAUCUCCAUCCACCGCGUCACACGCACGGCACCGUGAUGAGCAUGCGGUAGAAUCGGCGGCGGCGAGGCCUGUGGUUCCUGCCGCCAGCCUCUAUCAGGACGGGCGCUACGCGCACCUGUGGAAAAACUACCGCCCUCUGGCGCAAGUCGAAUCGGAGUCGGCAAGCGAUCAUGACAAAUUGAUAGGCGUGCUGGAGGGCUUCAAGGGACGAAAGGCCGCCAUCGGGCGUGCUUCCCUAGAAAACUGCGCCAUCCAGCAGGAGGAAUGGAUAAAUUGCAUGAAGCACGGCAGCUGGGAGGACCAGCUCCAGAUGUGCCGACAUCAGGUGCGACGGUUUGAGAGGUGCUACACAAUGCAGUCGCGUUUCCUGAGGGCUCUCGGCUACGGCUCCGUCCUAGGACGACCGGCCGUGGUUGACGAGGAUAUUCAGAUGCAUGCCGACUCGCUAUAUCUAAGAAUGAUUCAGCACGAGGACGCAGUCGAGAAGGCAAGGAAAGAUGGCACGCCGAUUCCGGUCUUCGAUCCGGCAUUACCACGGACCAACGCCAGCACCAUCAAGCCCACAGAAGAGGUCGAGAAGCAGUGGAAAGAGAAGCUGGACCAGCUGCCUGAGGAUGAGCGUGCGGUGGAGGAGGCUGCGUUGAGGGCAGACCUUCAGGUCAGGGCCGACGUGGCAACGAAUGUGCAGAAGAUAUGGAACACGCAAAAAGAGGCGAGAGAUUCGAGAAAGGCGGAAGGACAAGAGACCUUGGGAGACAGAGUGGCGACACUUUUUGGCAGGGGAGGAAAGUGA